CUUGACCAUACUUUAGCUUGUAUAUACAUGUUGGGAACAUCCUAAAUUGGGUCAAUCUAAAUUUCUAAUACCAAAGGGGUAAUUCAUGAUCACAUUUACAUUGGUUUAUGUUGUUUAGUGAGUAUCAACUGAACAAGUUAGUCUGAGGUUGUUUUCCCAAUGAUUUUCUUGCAUAAUGUUAGUUUGUUAUGGUUUUUUGGCAGAUAUGGGUCGACACUUGCAAGGGAUGUACCUUUUGCUGGUCUCAUGGUUGUGUUUUAUGAAGCCUUGAAAGACUUGACAGAGUAUGGGAAGCAAAAAUGGAGUACCAAUUCAAAUUUCCAUGUCAGUAGUUCCCUGGAGGGACUUGUAUUAGGAGGAUUAGCUGGAGGAUUUAGUGCAUAUCUAACGACUCCCUUAGAUGUUGUCAAAACACGAUUGCAAGUGCAGGGGUCUACUUUGAGGUAUAAUGGGUGGUUUGAUACAAUUCGUCAAAUAUGGAAGACUGAAGGCACAAAGGGAAUGUUUAGAGGUAGCAUCCCUAGAGUUACAUGGUAUGUUCCUGCUUCCGCUCUCACUUUCAUGGCUGUAGAAUUUCUCAGAGACCAGUUCAAUGAAGGAUUGAAUCAUGAUGAUGCACAAGAAGUAGCUCGCUUAUCAGUGGAGAAAAAAGGAUCAUCUUUACCAAAGGUAGCUUAGAAAUAUAGAUCAAUAUAUAUAUAUAUAUAUAUAUAUUUUUUUUUUUGAGGUAUAUGGGGUGGAGUAAUUGCUUUCAUUUUUUGUUUUUUUGGGGAAGGCAAUUAUUAUUAUUAUUAUUAUUAUUUUGGCUGAAAGGGAAAGCAAUUCUUAGUUGUACACAACUUAUAGUAAUUGAAUAGCAGCUAAAUUGGUAAAUUGGUCUUCUUACAAACAAAAUUACAAUGGAGAAAUUUUUUUA